AUGAAGAACUUUGUGACUCGCCAGUCAUUUCGCAUACGUCAACUAGGAGAACAGAACAGAUCAGGACAUAACAACAAGGACUGGGAAAGCUACAGCUGCCUUCAGAAUGCUCAGACCUAUCUGGAGAUCAUAGACCUCGUCAACACAAAACUCAGGGUCUUCAACAUGAACAUAUGGACUGUGCUAGGUUUCUCUUUUUCAUUAAUAAAUCCGAAUAAAUCGAGCGGCAAUAAUCUGGAUUUAGAUAUUGUUAAAGAAGACGUAACAAAGAGAAACACUUUACUGAAGAAAUAUCAGGAAACGAGAGCAUACCUAGAGAAGUUACCAAACAAUAUCAAAUUGGAUUUACAUGAACUGUUUCCAAAUUUUCAAAAUACUUUAGAAAAGCACAUAUUUGACCUCAGACAGCGAGAGUGUCUCAUCAUGUUGGCAGGAGAGACUGGAUCCGGAAAAAGCAGUCUUAUUAACAUGAUACUCAAACACAAAGUUUUACCUGUCAGUCCUCUUUGUUGCACAGCAUGCUACUGUGAGAUCCGUAGGAGCCAAAACAAUUCUAAACUUGCUAAAGUUCACUUCAAAGAUAGCAGUAAGUUACCACUUGAAAUUGACCUAAGUACUAACGAAGGUUUGAAGCAACUUGCUGAUUAUGUACGAUUGCCAAAUGACCCAGAUGUUGACUGUGAAAGUUCAAUUGUGAAAAUAUUUUGGCCCUCGAAUGUACUUAAGGAAGGUGUAGUUUUGGUCGAUACCCCUGGAAUUGGAGAGAACAAAGAGAUGAUAUCGUAUUUGGCAUCUUACAUGUCGAAAGCAUUUGGUUUUAUUUAUGUCAUCAAUGCCGCAAGUGCUGGUGGAGUUCAAAAAGACAGGCUGUCAAGAUUGUUAAGGGUUAUCAAUGAAGGUAGCUCGGAAGUGGAAUAUCUCACAGAAGCAACUAUUUUCGUCAGCAACAAAUGGGAAUCAAUUCCAGUCAGUGAAAAGCAAGAAGUUCGAAAUGACACGUUACAAAAGCUUCGCAAAUUUUAUCCCAAUCUACAGGAUGAACAGCUCAUUUGUCUUUCCGUCAGCAAUCUUACCAAGUUACAAGACGAACAACCACCAGCCGAACUGCAGUUUUUCUAUACAGCCAUGAAAACAUUAAUUCCAGCUACAAUGAAAAACAAAAUCCUUAGAAGUUACAAGUGGCUGAACAGUCUCUUGAAAAGAUCAGUAUAUUCAUUGAAAGUUAAAACUCAUGCUGGAAAUCGUAAUUUAGUCGACAAAUCUGAACUAUAUUCUACAUUACGAAGGAAGAUUUCAACAUUAGAAAAAAAAUCUAUCGCUUUUAUUAAUGAGAUGCGAAAUCAAAUACAACAGGAGCUGGCCAUAAUCAAAGAAAAAUUUAUUUUGUAUCUGAAAAGUGAAGCGGUGAAAACAGAACUUACUAAAUGGAGUUCAUCUACUACUUUAUCUGCUACUGCAAGCCAUUGGCGGGAACUUGGUCAGCAAACUAUUGAUUUGGUUGGUGCUAAAGUCAUGAAUUUGAUCAAUGACUGGGAAAUGGAAGAAAACAUUGUAAACAGCUUAAACACUCGUAUGGUGGAGAAAUUCAAGGAUCGUUUCGACGAAUUGGAAAUGCAGAUAUAUCAGAUUGAAAGUACAUUAGCUGGAGACAAAGAUGCGAGGAAGUUGCAGCAGUCUUUGAAGAAACCUUUCAAGCCAAAAGGAAUCUCUAAUAUAUUUCACAGGGGAGGUGAGCACAACACUCAAUCUUUCGCCACCGUUAUUGGAUUUAAUAUCAGUUCCUUAGGGCAUGUGUCUCUUGAGAAGAAAGAUAUAAAAAAAAAAUUAAAAUCAAUAUUAGGUUCAUCGAAACCUAAAACCAAAGAACUAUUACAAGAAGUUUCAAAAUAUUAUGUCCUUAGUAUUAUGGAACAUGAGAAGCUACAAAAUACACUGGCAAAGUUUUUCAACAAAAUCUUUAGAGAUAUUGACAUGCUUGGUUCCAGGCUUCCUGAAUUUCUCAAAGCUGAUCAGGCUUUAUUGGAUAAUAUAGAACGAGAAUUUAUGAAGAAUGAACAGGACAUUUCAGAACGGUUGCCAGACUUCAUCACAGAAGGCAACAGGCUCCAAGGAAGCCUCGACAUGUUCUACGUGAAAGAACUAUUCAUUCCAGAUAUUGACUUGAGGCAAAUUGAAAUGAAGCCUGAUGAACCACCACUUGGAACGGGAAGUUUUGCAACUGUGUUUCUCUGUCAGUUAAAACUGAAUAAAGGUCUCAAAAAGGCUGCCGUGAAAGCAUGGUCUGAGAAGCUGAGUAUCGGUAAUGUAUCUGAUACACUUCUAGAAGACAGUAUCCUCAGAGAAAUCAAACACAAAAAUAUUAUUCAAUAUUAUGGUUCUAACUAUCGCAAACUUCAAGAUGGUUCGUUGCAGUGGUUGAUGAUUUUAGAAUAUUGCCAUACAACUCUGAAAAAUAUCUUCGUAAGAGACGAUGAUAAAUACCACGUGAAUCCAGGGAAAUAUUCAAUUCCAGAGAAGCAGAAAAAAGUGAUGCAAAAUCUUUGCCAUUACGUUCGACAACUAUGUGAAGCAAUUGGCUACUUACACCAGAAAAACUUGGUGCAUCGUGAUCUGAAAAUGGAAAACAUUCUAGUGACAGAAGAAGACAUCAUAAAGCUUACUGAUGUUGGUCUUUCUAAACUCGAACGUGACAUUGCUGGAUCAAUUGCAGGAAGUCCUUGUUUUAUGGCCCCAGAAAUCUUUGAAAGGAAAUUCAUCUAUGGUAAAAAAGCUGACAUCUAUAGUUUGUCUAUUAUACUUUGGGAAAUGUGGUACGGAAUGGAUGUGGUUACAUAUAUAAAGCCACUUAUCCAGAAAGGCAUCGAAGAAUCUGUAAAGAGUGGACUUCGACCAUCUUUCCAAUUGGCCGAAAAACCUCCAGAUGAUUACAAAACUUUGGUGCAGAAAUGCUGGGAUGCAGAUCCUCAAACGCGACCCAGUAUUGAAGAAUGUGCUGCUUUUUUUAAAAAAUGGCCCUGAAAUUAUGCUCUCCUUCAUUUCACAUAUAACUGCCAUCAUUAUCAUCAUCAGCAUCAUCAGCAUCAUUACCAUCAUUAUCACCAUCUUGGAGUAUCGUUAGAGCAUCAGACAAAAUACGUAGUAGUAUUUUGUCACAGAUCUUUAAAUUCUGAAUUCAAAUCCUGACGGGGUCAGCUUUGCCUUUCAUUCUUUCAGGGUUAAUAAAAUAAAAUACCACCCAAGUACUGGGCUUGAUUGAAUCGAGGAAAAACCCCACCCCUAGAAAUUACUGGCCUUGUGCUAAAAUUUGAAAAAUAUUGUUAGUAGUAGUAGUAGUAGUA